AUGGAGAGUACUGCGGUCAACGUAAAAGAAGAAGACACUGUUCCCGUUGUCGCUACCGUUGAAGUCGCCGUUAUCGUUUCCGAUGUGGCAAAACCAAUUGUAGUGAGUGAUGCAAUUGUUCCACUGAUGAAGGUAGACAAAGAAAUGAUUAUGACCACUAAUGAUGUUGACCAUGUGGUGGUCAGCAAACUAGCCGUUGUGACAAACGAAACUACAAUUACCGUUAACGCCAUUAGUAACAAUCCCGGAGUCGGAGAAGAUCAAUUAAAUUUAACCAUGCCAUCUGCAAAAAUAUCGACUAAUGAGGCAGAUGAGAUUAAACACAAUCUAGGUGAAAAAGUUUUGGAUGAGCAACAGAAACUUGAGACAGCUACAGUUGAAAAGGAUGUUGUUAUAAAUGAUAAUUCUGAUAUAAACCUAGAUAGCUCUGUAAAAACAAAGUCAGGUGAUGGUAAUGAAGACUAUAGUGAAGGAACUCAAGAUCCUGCAGCACCUGCAGAACCUGAAGUACCUGUGUCCGUGGAUGAUGAUACUAAUGAUCCACAGUACAUACCUAGGAGUGGACUAUUCUACGAGCAUGAAGACCGCAUGGCAUAUAGUACAACAAGCUCUGAAGGAUCAGAAUCAAUUAAUGAAUAUGAAGAAGAUUCAGGAGAUGGCAAUAGAAUUUCUGAUCAUCGCAGCAUUACAAGACGAUAUAUGAGCAUUAAAAAACAAAAAUCAGUGACUCCAGUAAUUACUGUCGAAAACACCGAUUUAGCAGGUGGGGAUGGAAUAUUGUCAACUAAAAAAGUCUUGGCCAUAUAUAAGGUUGCUCCUACAAUAAAAGACUCUCAAACUGCUGAUGGAUUAACUAAAAAACUCAGUGUAGGUUUUAGAAAAUAUCGUAACUUAGAUGCUCUGGAUAAGUGGACACAUGAUAUGUAUGAUGAAAAUGAGCAGACACCUAAAAGCCGUGAUGAGUUACUGGCCUAUUAUGGAUAUGACAUACGGGAAGAAUCAGAGGCGCCUCGAGCUCGACGUCACCAUAAAUAUGGGCGAGCUGCCACCACCAAAAAUACUCGUAGUUAACAGGAUACAAAAGCUUACACUGGUGCUGCUGGCGGCCAACAGUCUAUGAAAGUUAAGCGUGGAGGUAUGGAUCGACGAAAUGUCGAUAGUCCGAAUAAGAAAAUCAACAAAUCUACAACUGAUGAGUACACCUCUGAAUUCCCAGCCUUGGAUGAUACGAAAAAAUCAGAGCCUACUGCUUCAAAUGAGUCUCCUACAGUUGCAGAAGUCUCAAAUCAGAAUCAAGAACAACAACCGAAAACACUUUCUGUUCAGAAUGAAGAAAAAAAAUCUGUGGAUUCAGUUGUGGAAACCACCAGCCAGGCUCGGCAUCACACUCCGUCAUCCCGAGCAACUUCAAAAUAUAGUACAAAUUCCCCUACAAAUCGUAGCAAUCGCCAGGAUCAGCAAAAUGGUGGUCCUUCUUCUUCAUCGUCAUCAACUAAUACUAAAAAUUAUUUCAACCGGUCUUCAACAGAGUCUCCAAUUGGCAAAGAGAAAGGCGCUCAAGUAAAUCGAGACUCUCCAACAGCUAACUCAAACUUCUUUAAUCGUAGACCACAACAAAACAGUGGUGGCCAUAAUCAACAUCAUAAUAAUAAGCAUCAACACUACAACAAUAGUCAAAGCGGUCAAGGACAUAACCACCAGCACCAAAAUUCUUCGCCUUCAGUAUCUCGUGGCCGUAAUUUCCAUCAACAUCAAACUUCGCAACAAUAUAAUCGUGAUAGAUAUUUUUCUAAAGGAUCAACACCUUUAUCUUCAUCCAGUUCAAAUCAACACAACUACGAUCAGCAGCAUCAUUCUGCAGCACCUACUACAGCUGCCACAGCACGUAUGAAAAAUGGUGGUGGACAUAAUCAAAACUAUAAGAAUCGUCAAUAUAAAAAGAAAAAUCAACAAGUUGAACCACUUCCACCACCAACGCCGGUUGUACGAAGCUUAAAACGGUACUCAGUUCAAACCCGCAGGAAGCUCCCUGACCCUGUGCUAAAUUUUGGCGGAAUAUCUAAGAUACCUCAGCCACAGCCUCCAACUGCUCAUAAACAAAACUGUUUAGUUAUGCAAGACCAACAAAUGAAACCUGCGUCUCAAGAAUUAUUACAACAUCAAUCACCAGCGCUAUUGCAAACACAGCAGUAUCACCAACUCUCAGAACAAAUACUUCAUAACAUGGUUCUAGAUCACAACACCGGUAUGAUGAGUAUGACUGCUGCUGAUCCAUCUAUCUACCAUCAUCAAAGUGCUGAAAAUCAGAAUGCAGCUAUUUACCAACCAGUACAAACAGGUACUACAGUUGUAACAUCAUUUUCAUCUGGAACACAAUCUUUACAACAACCAAAAAUCUUUACGACAACUACUUAUCAACAACAGCAACUGUCACAACAACAGCCUUCUCCAAGAAGUGUCAAUCUGGCUAUGCCCAUAGUGCCACCACCUCCAGAACCCAAACAACAACUAGAUUUGAAAACCAAUUAUCUUACAACAGCUUCAACCAAUUAAGAACAGCUUCCAUAA